UUAAGACACAGUUGGCUCUUCAGCAAUUGACCUCAGUUGCUACCAACAGUUCUGCACCUCCUUAUGCUUGGUUAAAUCAGGCAUUUCUGAAAAGCGCAAUGUUUAGCCCUAGAGGAACUUUACCUCAGAGGCCGAGAGGACCUAAUCCAUCUGGCACAAAGCCUCCAGGAUCCUUUCGGGGAGGAGGUGCAGCAGGUCUUCAGAGAAAGCCUGCACCUGGAGCACCUCAAGGAACGCCACAAAGAUUUUCGGGACAGGAAACGUUUCAGUGGACGGGUUCACAGAGGAUAAACGUUCGGGUAACUCUGCACAGGACUGAUCCGAGGCGGGUGAAGGAGAAGACGAACCUGCACCAGGAGCAGAAGGGAGAGCCUCGCACAAGUUGCUGGGAUAGUAGCCCGUGCUCAGCUGGGACAACUGGGCAAAAGCCAUCGGCCUCGGCACGGAUCACAGAGCAGAAUUCAAAUGCCCAGAACCGCUACACGCCAGAAAGCGCUUCCAGUAUUUUAGCGAGUUUCGGGCUGUCUAAUGAAGAUCUGGAGGAACUCAGUCGCUAUCCAGAUGAUCAGUUAACGCCUGAAAAUAUGCCGCUAAUCUUAAGAGAAAUACGGAUUCGCAAGAUGGGUCAUUCUUUACCUGGUUUACAUUCUCAGAGCAGAGCAGAAGAAACGAUUGGUGGUACGAGCGGUACAGCAGUCAAGAGUAAAGUGAUUGAUUAUGGGCAUGCAAGCAAAUACGGUUACACUGAAGAUCCUCUUGAAGUGCGUGCUUAUAAUCCUGAAGUGCUGACUGAAGAUCCUCUCGAAGCACGUGUCUAUAAUCCUGAAGCUUCGAGCGGAGAGAACAGGGAAGACUUCCAACGAGAGCAGAAUAUGUCAAUGGGUGUCCCACCAUCUAGCGUGACGUGUAAUCCAGUGUUUCCAGUUGAAGAUUUAAUAAAACCAACGGGGUUCCAGAAUGAUUCCUCAAAUAAUCGAUCAUUUUUUCCAGCGGAGACUCCGGGAAAGGUGUCCAGUUUGUGUGCAACACCCGCUGGACUCCCCGUGGUGAAAUCUGUAUCCCAGCCCGCAAUACCACCUGUCAUGCCACCUAUGAUGCCACCUAUAAUGCCACCCUUGGCACAGCCCAUGAUGCCACCUGUCAUGCCGCCUCUUGUCCAGCAGUCUAUGACCCAGCACGUAAUGCCGCCGAUGACCCAGCCACCCUUUUCAGCUGAACUUCUUGCAGCUGUAAGCCAGCAUGAAAGAAUUCAGCAUGAAUCUGGGACAAGCCAGUCUAAUGCCCAGAGCGGCUCAGGAGCAGGACAGAAGCCCUUCCAGACACAGGCUGAGGGGCCGAUUAAAUCUCCUUUUGGUAUUGUGAAAGCAUCGUGGCUUCCAGUGUUUCUACAGUCUGACGCCCAGAAGAUAAAAAGAUUGCCCACUCCGUCAAUGAUGAAUGACUACUAUGCUACAUCUCCGAGAAUAUUUCCACAUAUGUGUUCUCUGUGUAACAUUGAAUGCACUCAUAUGAAGGACUGGAUUCUGCAUCAGAACACUCCUUCUCACAUUGAAAGCUGCCGCCAGUUACGUCAACAAUACCCCGAUUGGAACCCUGAGUCUCAUUCUUCAAAGAGAAAUGCUGGUGACAGAAAAGAAAACCAGACCCCGAAGCGUCGUUCCAACUCUGCCAGUCCCAGUCCUAGACGUUCGAGGGUUGCAGGCUCUGGCUAUGUUCUUCGCCGAUCACGAUCGAGAUCCAGGAGCCCUGGCCGCUUCAGGCCAACAAGGCCAAGAAGUCGAAGCCCGCGGCAGAUGCGACGACGUAGCCCCAGACACAGGUCAAGGUCACCGCAGCGAUCGAGAAAUCCACUGAGAACUAGCCCGCGACCUCAGAGAUCUUCCAGUAAUGAUUGGUCAUCAAGGAGGUCAACCCGAUCUCAAGACAGAAAGGCGGCUCUGGAGGCAGUAAUGAGAAGUUUGGGACCUGGCUUUGUAGCAGAGUUCAAUAAACAUAAGUCACUUCAAGCAGCUGGGCAAGGAUCUUCAGGAUCGGGAAAAUCACCACCCUCUCAUGGACCCUUAGGGAAGGUGCCUGGAAAUAUGAAGAAGCCACUGAAAACAAGUGUUUCUCCAAAGACUUCGAAGAAAGAUGUGCCUUCUUUGCCUGGGUCGAGUUCUUCAUCUCCUGAAACUGAUGAUUUACCCCAAGGCAAAGAAAUGGAAGAGGAUGAGGAAGGCUUAGUCGCAGGAACCAGUGGACCUCGUCCUACUCCUUAUAAUAGGCUGUUGAGAGAGGAAUUGCUGAGUUGUGGGACAGUCCUUCAAAUAUCUGAUUUACCAGAUGAUGGCUUUUCAGACCAAGAUAUUAAAAAAAUUGUUCAGCCAUUUGGCAAAGUUAGUGAUCUCCUUGUACUUCGCUCUAGAAAUGAGGCCUUCUUGGAAAUGAACUACAAAGAAGCCGUGAUAGCAGCCGUGAAAUACGGUGAAACUGUGCCAGUGCUGGUAAAUGGGAAACGGGUGAAAAUAAGUGUAGCAGAAAAGCCAAAAGCAUCUCCUGGCCAGGUAAGCAGCCUGGCGGUGAACAACCUUUGUGUAAAAGAUCAGAACACCACCACUAAGACAGCUAAAUCCAUUACAGGUAAAAAAGAAAGGACUAAGAAAUCGACAGUGACAGGAGAUCGUAAAAUCAAGAAAACUUCAAAUACUGCGGCAACAUCUAUAGAUGAAGACCUUCAGAUCUCAACAGAAGCCCAAAUGGAAGUUGGGGAAACUAAGCUGUCAGACUCAAGGAACACAGCAGAAGGAGACAGAGUUACGGAGCCUGUGAAGACAGUAGAGACUCAGUCCAGAGGAGUGACUAAUCCUGCACCUGCACUAGAGAAACUUGCACAGAUGCCUCAGGUGGCGGCAUUGGACUUGGAUGAGUUUAACGAAGCUUUAAUUGAUCAAGAAGCUACGAUAGCGACUACCAAGAGUGAAGAAUCAAUGGAGCCAGCUAGCAAGGAACUUGAUGAUAUAUGUGUGGUUCUUAUUUCGAACUUGCCUGAGAAAGGAUAUUCUGUUGAGGAAGUUUCCAACCUAGCAAAGCCAUUUGGAGGACUGAGGGAUGUGCUGAUUUUAUCAUCUCAUAAAAAGGCAUAUCUCGAAAUAAAUAGAAAAUCUGCAGAUUCCAUGGUUAAAUUUUACACCUGCUUUCCAAUGUCACUGGAUGGAAAUCAGCUCUGCAUCAACAUGGUGCCUCAGUAUAAGACUAUAAAAGAUGAAGAAGCAAUAUUUACUGCUAUAAUUAAAGAUUCUGACCCUAAGGUAAAUACUGAAACUCUACAUGAUCAGUUUGUGCAUCUUGGGAACUUGCCAGAUGAUGGGUACAGAGAACUCGAAGUAGUUUGUGUGGGACUUCGAUUUGGAAAAGUAGAUCAUUAUGUUGUACUGAAGAAUAAAAACAAGGCGAUUCUGCAGCUGGAUAGUCCCAAGUCAGCCAGAUCAAUGUACAGCUUCCUGAAGCAAUAUCCGUAUAACAUGGGUGAGCAUACAUUGACCUGUACGUUGUCACCCAAUGGAGAGUCCGCUGAGGCUGAAGUUGUGAAAAAAGACGUGAAGAAAGAGGAACCAAGCAAAGGAAGCUCUGGCUUGAAAAAAUAUCCAGAGGGAUCAGGAGUGGUGCAAACAGCAGCUGCUAAUCCUCCAGUAGAGCCUAGUGUGGCAAAGAAAGGACCCAUUUCCAUCUCUAAUGUCAAAGACGAGAUGUCAGCAGUACAGAUAGAGCCCUCUGAGUCCCAUCUUGAAAGAGCAGUAAGGGAGUCUGCUCCAAGACUGGCAGAAACGUCUGUGGAGAAAGUGGGCGCUGGAGUUGAAGCUGCUGUGGCAUCUGUCAAAUCCGUUGCCACCGAAUCAUCUGAAGCAAAGUCAGAAGAGAUGCUGCUGCUGCCUUCCAGUGUGGAGAAGGAAGAGGCAGUUAAAGAUAAUGCUGAACCAGAGUUGUUUGAAUCUGCUGUUGUAUCUGCACCAGAGAAGGAAAUUAAAGAGAAAGAUGAAGAGUUGUCUGCUCCUGCCAUUGAACGACCAGAAGAAUUGUCCGAUGUGGGCAAGGCUGAAGAUGUGCCAUCAGAUUGUGCUGCGAAGCCGGCAGCAGGGGAUGCGACAGGGGCCAUCCCUGAAGCGGUGCCCCCUGGUUCUCAUGCAGCUUCAGUGGAGAUGGUGUCAUCUGUUGUCACACAAACAAACAACAAGUUGGAUGCUCCUGAAAAAAAUACUGUUGCUGAUGCUGUGAAAACCGAACAUAAAAUGUGUGUAACUCCAAUAACGGAGAAGAAAUCUGUACUUAAAACUGGGGCGGCCAUGGAGAAGAAACUGGAUAUAGCUGUAGCAGACGCAGAGGUGAGACCAGAAGAGUCUGCGCUCAAAGUUGGAAGAGCUGCGGAGGAGAACCCCGAAAAGCUUUUGGUCAAGACUGGGGCAGAGACAGAGAAGAAACUUGAAAAAUCUGUGACCAAGGUUGGGGCCGCUAUGGAAAAUGCUGCAAAUGCUGUCAAUGAGAACAACGAGGGAAGUUUAAUCAAAGCCCAUCAAAAUAAAGGAACAGGACCAGCAAAAACUGAUGAAACCUGCAAAGCAGUUAUGUUAAACUCCUCUCUAUCUGUCAAGGAAUCUUCCUCUGUUGGUAAAACGAUUUUAAAGGCAGUGGUGUCUCUUCCGGAUAUAUCAAAGUCAAGGGUUCCAGUACGGAGAAAUGAGCCUUCCCUGUGUAAAGGAGGGGAGCAGAAAGCUCCCUCGAAGCCUGAGACCCGAAGCCAAGCAGCGGUGGUGAAGAAAAUCGCAUCAAAAGAGGAGGGUCAUCCACGACCUGGUAGCAGCCGAUCAAGCCUGGGAGAUGGCAGCGGCAAAUGUAAAGUGAGCAGAAGUUCUGUUGUUGAUGGAAAGGGAGGCAAUGGGAGGAAUUCAUCUCAGCAAGAGAAGGACUCACGAGUGGAAUCUAGGGCUAGUUCAAAACAGUCUCAAGAGGGAGAGAGUAGAUCAUCCAGCAUGAAGAAAGACAACAGCAGCAAUAAGGCUUCUGUUGGCGGCAAUACUAAAACUUCAAAAAGUGGCACUAGCAGCAGUGCAAAAGAAAAGGAGGAAGAAGAGCUCUUUCCAUUUAACCUGGAUGAAUUUGUUACUGUGGAUGAGGUCGUAGAGGAAAUCGAGUCUCCCGUUAAAACGCGGCGAAAUCCACCGAGGGGAAAGAGAAAAGAUGGUGCUAAAACCAACUCCUCUUCUGAGCCUAGUUCUAAGAGGAGGAAAGGGAAAAGCUCCAUAGCACGCAUUGCUGAAAGCGAACUCUCUUUUGUCACUUUGGAUGAAAUCGGUGAGGAGGAGGAUGUGACUGCACAGCUAAUGGGAGUUGCUAAUUUAGAAGCGCUCAGUGACCCGCAGGGCCUGGUUGUAGUGGAUGAAGUGAUGGAAGAGGAAGAACUUAUGUCAGAAGCAGUGAAGGAUCCACAGUCGCUUGUUACUUUGGAUGAGAUAUCUGAACAGGAGGACAUUAGUUCUCAUAAAGACAUCCCUAGGUCAGUUUUUGAGGAGCAGGAUUUGAAAGCCGAGCCCUUGGUAACUGUAGAUGAAAUCGGCGAAGUGGAAGAGCUGCCUCUGAACGAGCCUACGGACUUGAAUAUUGAGGAUGUGCUGAAACAGAAGGAGGAUGAUAAAGUGACUGCUGAGGAUACGGGGGAUUGUGCUUCCUCCCAGGUGCCUGAUGAUCCCAGUGCUUUAGUGACAGUGGAUGAAAUACAAGAGGACAACGAAGAUAACCCUCUAGUGACUUUGGAUGAAGUUAACGAAGAUGAAGAUGAUUUUCUGGCUGAUUUCGAUCGUCUAAAAGAAGAACUAAACUUUGUUACAGUAGAUGAAGUUGGAGAGGAGGAUGAGGAAGAAGAAAAUACUUCCCCAGGGAAAAAUCUGAACGAGGAGGAAGACGAUGAAGAUAUUGUUGCCGUUGCAGGACCAGAAGAAGAAGAAAUUGCUGCCAUUGCAGGACCAGAAGAGGAGGAUAUUGUUGCUGUUGCAGGACCAGAAGAAAUGGAAAUUCUAGGAGGGAUGAGUCCAGAAGAAGAAAUUAUUGCAAUCUCAAAGUCAAAAGUAGAUCAGCUGGGAUCAGGAGAUAAAGAACCAGAGUCUAAGCGGAAGAAAAUGGCUUCUUCAGAUGCAUCAAAGACGCAGAGUACUCCAAAAGAUUUGGAUUACCUAGUUCCAAAGGCAGGCUUUUUCUGUCAGAUCUGCUCGCUGUUCUACGCAGAUGAAACGUCUGUGAAAAAUCACUGCAAGACACCGCUUCAUCAGCAAAAUAUGGAGAAAUUCAUGGCCAAGCAGAAGGAUGAGGAUCACGAUGGGGAAGAGCAGAGUUCAAGGUGAUCGGAGGCAAGAAGAAUUCGUUCAGUGAAUUAAACUUAGGGUCCAGUCAAUUUUGUGUAUUUUGUUAUGAUAUAAUUUGUAAUUUUGUUUCAGAAACAAGCAUUCAUGUUGUAUAAAUUUGAGCUCGGUAUAGAGAGACUAAAAGAAAAACGUAUGGUGGCUUUGAUUUGUAUAUCAAAUCAUCUGACGUGGAAGAGACUUCUUUUACAAGUGUCGACAUGAAAUAAAUGUUCUUACUGUAUAGUUAACACCAG